UUUAAGCUUAGUAACUGGACAAUACAAAAAAUGGCCCGCACAAAGCAGACAGCCCGUAAAUCUACGGGAGGAAAGGCCCCUCGCAAGCAGCUUGCCUCGAAGGCUGCGCGCAAGUCUGCCCCUGUUGCUGGUGGUAUUAAGAAGCCCCACCGUUACAGGCCUGGUACAGUGGCUCUGCGUGAGAUCAGGAGGUACCAGAAGAGCACUGACCUCCUUAUCCGCAAGCUGCCCUUCCAGCGUCUGGUGAGGGAAAUCGCUCAGGACUUCAAGACUGACUUGCGUUUCCAGUCGUCCGCUGUUCUUGCUCUGCAAGAAGCUGCCGAGGCUUACCUUGUGGGCCUUUUCGAAGACACCAACCUGUGUGCCAUUCACGCCAAGCGUGUUACCAUCAUGCCGAAGGAUAUCCAGCUGGCUCGCCGUAUCAGGGGAGAGCGCUCUUAA